AUGCCGACUGCAGCACCGGAAACUUCCAGCGAAGGGUUGUUCGGAAGCAAGGAUGCGGCUGAACUCGUCGCUAGCGUGCGAGAGGUGUUUCGCAGCGGUCGCACGCGAUCUCGCGAAUGGCGGGAGACGCAGCUGCGAGGGAUCGAGCGGCUGAUGAUGGACGAGGAGGAGGCGAUCUUCGCAGCGCUCGCGAAAGACCUCAAGCGAAGCCGCGUCGAGAACGUCCUCUGCGAGACAGCGCAGGUGUACAACUCAGCAAGGCAGGCCGCGAGUAGCGUGCGGCAGUGGAUGAAGCCUGAACGGGUGUCCACCAACUUUGUCAACAUGCCAGCGCGCAGUGAGAUCGUCCCGGAGCCCUUCGGAGCCGUCCUCAUCUUCGCUGCCUGGAACAUGCCCUUCUUGCUCUCACUGGACCCACUCAUCGGGGCCAUAGCAGCGGGCAACGUGGCGGUGCUCAAGCCGUCUGAGCUGGCACCCGCGUCGUCCGCCUUGCUGGCAGAGCUGCUGCCGCGCUACGUGGACAAGGAGGCAGUGCGCGUGGUGCAGGGCGGUGCUGACGUGGCAACCGCUCUCCUGGAGUGCCGAUGGGACAAGAUCUUCUUCACAGGAGGAGCAGCGAUAGGGAGGAGGGUGCUGGCAGCAGCGGCGCAGCACCUCACGCCAGUGGCGCUGGAGCUGGGGGGGAAGAACCCCGCCUAUAUCGACAGCUCCGCGGAUUUCAAUGUCAGUCGCACGUUCUUCUGCUCGGACCUUUGGCUCAUGAUGCUUUUCCGACUAUCCCGUUUCUCAUUAUCAUCCUCGUUCAAGUCCCCUUUCUUCAUCACCUCUUCUUCUCCUCUCAUUCUUUCCUCCUUCAACUCCAGCCCUCUGCACCCCAAUCCUCCGUCCCCCCUCCCACCGAAUCCCCCCCCCCGUGCAAACUCUCUCACCCCUCCCUUCCUGCGUGUCAGAUAUAUAUGUGUGAAGCGGAUAGCGUUCGGCAUGUGUGUGAAUGCGGGGCAGAGCUGCCUCUCGCCUGACUACGUGCUGGUCGAGGAGGCCGUGGCUGACCAAUUCACCGACCACCUGCGUCGCACCCUGACCUCCUUCUAUGGCUCGGAUCCGAAGCAGAGUCCGGACCUGGCGCGCAUCGCCACGCCUGGCAGCUGGGCUCGGCUGCACGCUCUGCUCUCCGACCCUGUUACCAAAGAGCACAUCGUCGCUGGCGGAGAGACGGAUGAAGCCACUCGCUACAUCGCGCCCACCAUCAUCCGAGACGUGCCUCUGGACGCGCCAGUGAUGCACGAGGAGGGCUUUGGACCCGUCAUCGCUGUCAUCAAGGUGCGAGGUGUGGACGAGGCAAUCAGCAUCAUAGCCAGCCGCCCCAAGCCACUGGCACUCUACCUGUUCACAACGCACAGCACCGUGAUCGACCGCUUUGUCAAGGAGACCUCGUCGGGGGCUGUCUGCGUCAACGACACCACCUCGCAUUUUGUCAAUCCAGCGUUGCCAUUUGGUGGAGUGGGAGACAGUGGUAUGGGCAGCUACCAUGGGAAGCACUCGUUUGACUGCUUUAGCCAUCGCAAGGCGGUUAUGGUGAAAGGCACCCUGCUGGACUUCCCAGUUCGAUACCCUCCUGGUAGCCCAUUCAACGAGAACCUUGUGAAAGCGCUCAUGAAUUUGUGGUUUGUACAGCUAGUUCUAGUCAUUUUAGGCCUGAAAAGUAGCCAGUAG